AUGCACGAGCUAUUUUAUAUAUUAAAAGUUAAACAUCCACCAGGCAAAACCAAUAAAGAUGUUAAAUAUUUAAAUAUAGCAAAAUGUAAACUCAAAAAAAUUCCAAAAGACAUCACAAAUACAUUUCCGAAUUUAGAAGUUUUGGAUAUUGAGGAUACAAAUUUAGAGGAAAUUAACAGAGUUGAUUUAUUGGAAUAUAAAAAUUUGAAAGGAUUUUAUUGUGAUCGAAAUUUGGUAAAAUUUCUUCCUGGAAAUUUAUUUGAAGAUUUUAAUAAUCUUGAAAGUAUUUCAUUUAAUGGAAAUAAAAUAAGCGUAAUUGAGCCAAACAUUCUUGAUGGUUUAAAUAAGCUGGAUUUAGUGGAUUUCUCUAAUAAUGUUAGCUAUGACUGUUGCUUCUCAAAAAAUGAAAAAUCCACAGAUAUCACACUAAAUGACUUGAGACAGAAAUUAAUUGAAACUUUUUAUUCAUCCGAUCCAGAAAACAUUAAAAAAUAUGUUAGAAAAUUUCGAAAUAAAAUUCAUAAAUUGACAGAUUCAAUACAAAAGCUAAAUAUAAAAGUUUACAGAUUGGAAGUGGCUAAACAAAAAUUAAAAAGUACUAAUGCUCGAUGCAAAGUCACCGAAGCUGACCUGAAUCAAAUGGUUUGUAAACUUGAAGAAAAUGAACGAACAUUAUCGACUGAAAACAAAAGUUUAAAAGCUGAAAACCAAGAACUCCAAAAUAAAGCAGCAAAGAUUGCUAAAAAUCAAAUUAAAUUGCAGAAUGAAAUUCAAGAAUUAGUAAAGACCAAAAAUAUUGAUAAUAAUAAAAUUACAUUAAAUUCAGACAUCAAAAAGUUCCUACAAAACCAAAACUUUAAAGACUUCUGCAUCCAAAUCGAUGAUCGAGAAUUAAAAGUCCACAAAUUCAUCCUUGCAGCUCGAAGUCCAACUUUGGCUGAAAUUUUCCUCAAAAAUCCUGAAGCUGAAAAUUUAAAAUUGGUCGACAUUACUCCGGAAACUUUCAAGAUAAUUCUACAUUUUAUGUACACCGAUGAACUUCCAGGCGAUGAAAAAAUCAAUUAUCUACAACUUUAUUCAGCAGCCGGUCGAUUAGAGAUCAAUGAACUUAAAAUAUUUGCAGAACCAAAAGCUUUUGAAAGUUUGAAUCCCGAAAAUGCAAUUGAAAUUCUCGUUUUAAGCAAUAAAUUCAAAAAUAAUGAAAUGAGGGAAAAAGCUUUUGAACUGAUUAAAAAGGCUUAUCCAGAGGUUCCGGAUGUUUGGAUUGACAAGCCUGAAAAAGUCAAGAAAUUUAUUGAAAUUUUUGGUGAAAGUUAA